CCAAUCUAAACUGUUCUUUUAAAUGCUGUUAUCAUGUAGGGACUUCUUUGUUAAUGAGAAUGAAUAGUUGUUGAGAUGGAAAGUCCGGAGGCCUAGAUUCUGCUAUAAAGGAAGUGGAGAUAUUUUGAAUUUGGAACCGAUUUUUUCAAAAGAAUUGUUUUCUGGACAAACCGAUUCUUCCAUCGAAGAGGCUGAUAAAAUGACACCCGUUUGGAGCUAUGUUAUGUCCAAGUGGCAAACGUUGUCCACUUCUGAUCAUGCCUCUGUGGUUUCCAUUAACUUAUUUGUAGCUCUUCUCUGUGCUUGUAUUGUGAUUGGUCAUCUUCUUGAGGAGACCCGGUGGAUGAAUGAGUCGAUCACUGCCCUCUUCAUUGGUAUGUUUACCGGAGUCAUCAUUUUACUGGUUAGUGGUGGGAAAAGUUCGCAUUUAUUGCUCUUCAGCGAAGACAUAUUCUUCAUUUAUCUUCUGCCACCUAUCAUAUUCAAUGCUGGGUUUCAGGUGAAAAAGAAGCAGUUCUUUGUUAACUUCAUUACAAUUAUGCUGUUUGGUGCAAUUGGUACAUUAGUCUCUUGUUCAAUCAUCUCAUUAGGAGCUUUUCAGAUCUUUCAGAGAAUGGAUGUUGGAUCACUGGAUAUUGCCGAUAUUUUAGCAAUUGGAGCUAUAUUUGCAGCUACAGAUUCUGUAUGCACAUUGCAGAUAUUAAACCAGGAUGAAACACCUCUACUUUACAGUCUAGUAUUUGGGGAGGGUGUAGUGAAUGAUGCUACAUCUGUGGUGCUUUUCAAUGCAAUUCAAAGCUUAGACCUCAGUAAAGUUGAUGCAAGAGUUGCUUUGCAUUUUAUCGGGAGCUUCUUUUAUUUGUUUUCAACGAGCACUCUACUCGGAGUGUUUGUUGGGCUGCUGAGUGCUUAUACAAUCAAAAAGUUAUAUUUUGGCAGGCACUCGACAGAUCGUGAGGUUGCUCUAAUGAUGCUCAUGGCAUACCUUUCAUAUAUGCUGGCUGAAUUAUUAGAUUUGAGUGGCAUUCUCACAGUGUUCUUUUGUGGAAUUGUAAUGUCACACUAUACAUGGCAUAAUGUGACUGAGAGUUCAAGAGUUACCACUAAGCAUGCUUUUGCUACCUUAUCCUUCAUUUCAGAGACGUUUAUCUUCGUUUAUGUUGGCAUGGAUGCCUUGGACAUUGAGAAGUGGAGCUAUGUUAGUGAUAGUCCAGGGACAUCUGUUGCUGUGAGUGCAAUAUUACUAGGCCUGGUUAUGGUUGGAAGAGCUGCUUUUGUUUUUCCAUUAUCAUUUUUAUCCAACUUAGUUAAAAAAUCGGCUUCCGAGAAAAUUACCUUCAGGCAACAAGUUAUAAUUUGGUGGGCUGGUCUCAUGAGAGGGGCUGUCUCUAUUGCUCUAGCUUAUCAUCAGUUCACUAGAGCUGGCCACACUCAACUGCGGGGGAAUGCAAUUAUGAUAACUAGUACCGUAACUGUUGUCCUUUUUAGCACGAUGGUGUUUGGGAUAUUGACCAAGCCUCUUAUAAAAUGUUUGAUACCUCACCCCAAAGACACCACCAGCUCCAGCAUACUAUCGGAACCAGCGGCUCCAAAAUCAUUCUCGGCACCGCUACUCGGAAGUGCACAGGAUUCGGAGGUGGAUCUUGAUAGUCCCAAUAUUCCUCGUCCAAGCAGUAUCCGUGCACUCCUUGCGACUCCUACGCAUACUGUUCAUCGCUACUGGCGAAAAUUUGAUGAUGCCUUCAUGCGUCCAAUGUUCGGGGGCCGGGGUUUUGUGCCCUUUGUUCCAGGAUCGCCAACAGAAAGGAGUAGGCACUGAGAACACCCCCCCCUUAGCACUAUGCAAAUGUAAGAUAUGUGAAUCAAGAUGGAUAAAUUACUUCACCAUGUCAAGUUUUCGAGCAGCAGCAGACAAGGGUUGGAAUGUGUCGAUACUCUCUUGCCUACUGUUUUUUGCCCUCUUGUUUUUUGUAGAAA